UUUCGUACAUACCUACCUAGCCGGCAUCUCGACUUCCAUCUAUUAGGUAUUCCCCAUAUCAUAUCGCGGAGAGCGACUUCUUCGCAUUUAGCCCCCAGACGCCAACAAUUUUGUGGCUUAUUGAUCUUUUUACCUCGACUCCGAUUUCCUCUUUUCUUUUUUUUUUUCUCUUCCUCGCACUUUUGAAUUGGAUAUCCUAUAUCUGCAUACCUAUCUAUCUAUAUAUUCUAUAUCAUAUCAUACCUCCUAGCUAAGUUAUAUACUUACCUCCUACAUAUCCGCCGCAAUGGCAUUCCGCCUCGCCCUGCGCCGCGGCCCCAGCGCCUUCUCCCCCGCCUCUGCCUCGUUCGCAGCACGCCGCUUCCACGCCACGCCGCGCGCCUUUGUUAAGGUCGGCGAGUCGAUCCCCGACGUGGAGGUGCUGCAGGAGGGGUCCCCGGGCAACAAGGUCAACCUGGCGCGGGAGUUCGAGGCGGCGAACGGGGUGAUUGUUGGUGUGCCCGCGGCGUUCUCGGGCGCGUGCUCGGAGAAACAUAUCCCGAGCUAUAUCCAGAGCCCGAAGCUGAGGGAUGCGGGGAGGGUGUUUGUCGUUAGUGUUAAUGAUGCUUUUGUCAUGAAGGCAUGGGGCGACCAGCUUGAUCCCACGCACGAGUCCGGUAUCCGAUUCCUAGCUGACCCCGCCGGUGAAUUCACCAAGGCCCUAGACCUGGGCUUUGACGCCCCGGCCAUCUUCGGCGGCAUGCGGGCCAAGCGCUAUGCCUUGGUCGUCGAGGACGGCAAGGUCAAGUCAGUGCACGUCGAGCCGGAUAACACCGGAACAGACGUUUCCAUGGCCGACAAGGUUCUGGGUUAGAUGUGGUUCUGUGGGUUAGGUGAUGCGGAUGGGCUAUGCAUUAAAAGGAUCUCGUUCCGAGGCGCGUAGAAGACUGCGGCCGUUUGUAUAUAAUGAAUACAAAGAAUUGAUGGCA